AUGGCAUCAAGAACUGCACUACCUUCGGUGACGACUAGGACCGUCCCACAGUCUGCCCCCAAUGGCAUGGGGAAUGGCCUGUUUGCGACAACUGACAUCAACCCCGGUGAAGAUGUUUUGCACAUCAAAACACCAUUUGUGGCGGUUCUUGAUUCUCCACGUUUAGAGGACACAUGUGCUGGCUGCUUCGGAAAGAGACAGAUGGAAACUGGAAAUGAGUUGAAGGCUUGCACGGGAUGUCGUGUCGUUAAAUAUUGUGACCGGGCGUGUCAAUCUAAGGACUGGAAGUUUGCGCAUUCUCUUGAAUGCCCCAUCUUCAAAAAUGUCAAACCCAUGGUGCUUCCCAAUAAUGCCCGUGCUCUUCUACGUAUAGUGCUGCGCACUGCACGUAACAAGUACGAUUCUGAAGAGACCAAGGUCUUUGAUGGCUUGGAAACUCAUAUCAAUGAGAUUUCGGAGAGCCAAGGCCAGCUUGAUAGGAUUAACUUGACAGCGAGAGCUGUCAAGAAUUACUCAGGCACGGACAUUGAUGAAGGAACUGUCUCUACUUAUGCUGCAAAGUUGGAUCUCAAUUCCUUCAACCUCACCACUUCUAUGUAUGAUCGCAUUGGCCUCUACAUGCAUCCAUAUGCCGGGUUGAUUAAUCACAGCUGCGACUACAACUCCACCGUUGGAUUUGACGGUGAAGAACUGUACGUCAAGGCUAUGCGCUCCAUCAAGAAGGGCGAGCAAAUAUUCAUCUCCUACAUCGAUACCACAACACCAUACGACAUCCGUCGCAAUGAACUGAAAGAACGCUACUUUUUUGACUGCCAGUGCACAAAGUGCGAGAAUGGAGCGGAAACAAUUGAAGAUCGGUUCUUGUCUACACCUGAAGACAUGACGCCUCUAGAGACAGCAGAGCGCGAAGCCCUGGAGCUCAUGCAAAAAGCAACCGCAACCAGUACGGAGCCAGCAGACGCAAUCGAGAAGCUGGAAGCUGCUAUGCAUAAGCUCCAUGAAACCUCCAUAUGGCCUCUCACCCGUCAGCCAUAUGCUUCUCUCCGCGAUAAGCUGAUCAUAUCUCUGCUGACGGCUGGUAACUUCACCCGGGCAUUCAUCCACGCUGUGAUUAGAUACCUGCGGAUCGAUCCUGUUGUCUAUGACAAGGCUCACCCCAUCCGACACAUUCAUGCAUGGAGCCUAGUCAGGCUUACAGUCUUCAUUUCCCAGGAGGGCUUCCAACCUGACCCCAAAGACCCUGUCCAGCUUCAUGACUUCAAGCUGAACUAUCACUACUUGAUUUGGUAUAUUCUCGCUGAACUUACUAGCACGCAGUCGGAGAGCUGCACUGUGCCCAGCUUUAAGAAGCUUGUUGGAAAUCAAUUUGUACAGGUUCACAAUGAGUUCAAGGCCAAUGGCCUUGAUCCUAGCAAGAACAAGGCUGUUCUGUCUGCUGAGUGGAACAAGCUUGAACACCUUGUCAACAAGGCUCUAGAGAAAGAGUGA